GAAGGCAGUCACAAAAAAAAUCCUAUAUAUAUAAAGCUGUCUUCAAAUAUCUUUUGUUUGCUAUAAGUUCCUGAAUUGCCUGUAAAAGCAAGAAGACUUUUAUCAGCCGGGCGCAGCGCUGGGAUUUUCUUUUUCCUGUUCAGAAGCUCGGGCAGGCUGCUGUGCUGAGCCACGGGGACUCCUGUGAGCACGGAUGUGAGAGCUCUGGGGCCGUGGGCAGCCCAGGGUUCAUGGUGGGCUCUGCUCCUCCGCUGCCGGCUCCCUGGACAAAAUGUACGAGCGCCACAAGAGGCGAUACAGCCUGUGCGACAUCUCCAAGGUGGACAGGACUGUAGAUGUUGUGUUGUUAAAGAUAAACCGUGAGAGUUGGUGUCCCCUGGAGCCAUGUCCCGACCCCUCCCUGCUGGAGCGCAAGCGGCCGCGCGACUCUCCAGAAUGUGAGAAUUUCUUGGAGGAUGGGCUGAGUGGCGUCUGUGCCUCGUCACAGGGGGGUCUCAAAAGAGAAUCCGGCAGCGAGUCUGACCUCUUCCCCUUGCCUGGUGAUGGGAUGGAAGACCUCGUUUUUGGGAAGCCUGAAGAGGAGCAUUCAGCGUGCGAUGUCACCAGCUCCAGCUCCUCGGCCGAUGACACCGUGUCCCUGGAGAGGAACUCCUCCCUGGGCAGCGACACCUCCCUUCCCUUCCCACCAGCAGGGAGCUUCUGCCAGCCCAAGGACAGGCACAGCCUGGAUGGCAGCUGCACCAACAUGGGCUCCUCGGAGGGAGGGGAGAAGGAAGAGGAGCUGGACAGCAUCACGGACGUGCCCGCUCCUUCGUCCGUCCUGCGCGGCUCCAUGCGGCCGCUGUCCCCAUUCCGGAGGCACAGCUGGGGACCAGGCAAGAAUGCCACCAACGAGGCAGAAAUCAAUCAGAGGAGUUACAGCCUAGAAGGCCUUGCUGGAGACUCUGGCGAGAACAAGAAGCCCUCUACAAACCUGGAGGCUGCUUCUCUGAGCUCCAAAGAGCUCAGGAGGAGCCCCCUUGCCAGCAAUCAGUCCCUGGUCCUGCUCUCUGAGGAGCUGGAGCAAGGAGAAAUCAGAGACUACAACCACCAGGUGCAUCAGACAUCGCAGCCACAAGGAUUUAAUUUCUGUUCUUCUGCUGUUUCAUCUCCACUGACCAAAUCCUUGUCUCUAAUGUCAAUUAGCAAACCAGUGCUCGACACCCAGGGCCGGACUCGACCAUCGAGACGAAUCUCCUUCUCCUUCAGCAUCUCUCCACUCAUUCCUAAGUCUAAAACUCUCUUUUCUAUUGGCUCUUCUUCCAGUGAUGAGGAGGAGGAGYUGGAUAUUGAUUUUAGCAUAUCUGAAGAGAGCAGCAGUGUCCCUGCUGGCAAAGGUGUAACAAAAGUCAGCCGCACCUUCAGCUACCUCAGGAAUAAAAUGUCCAGCAGCAAGAAGAGCAAAGAAAAAGAGAAAGAUAAAGAGAAGACGAAAGAGAAGGACAAAGAUUCCAAGGAGAAGGAGAAAGAUAAGAAGCUGUUAAAUGGACAUCUCUUCACUGCAACCUCUGUUGUAGCCCAAGCAACCUGUUCCCACUGUAUGAAACCUUUCAAUAAGGAUUCGUACUACUGUGCAAACUGUAAUGCAAUUGUUCACAAAGGCUGUAAGGAGAGUUUUGCUUCUUGUGCAAAGGUCAAGAUGAAGCCACAGAGAGGGAUGCUGCAGGCACACGAUACCUCCUCGUUACCCACAGUAACCAUGAGAAACAAAAGCUCACAGCCCAAGGAGCGCCCACGUUCUGCAAUCCUCACUCCUGACGAGAGCACCGUCACCUCCAUCUUCAACAACAGGAGAUCCCAGCAGCCCACAGCACUCUCCAAAAGUGUCUCCAUACAGAACAUUGCAGGAGUUGGGAACGAUGACAGCUUAAUACACACUUGGAAAUUCCUGUCACAGUCAACAGACUCUUUACAUAAAAUCAGCCGGGUUAAUGAAUCCAUGGAGUCACUGGUUGAUGAAGGUGCAGACAUGAAUGAAGGACAGCUCAUGGGAGACCUGGAAUUAGAUUCCAAGCAGCUGGAGGCAGAGUCCUGGAGCCAAGUAGUGGACAGCAAGUUCCUACAGCAGCAAAACAAAGAUGUUGUCAAACGGCAGGAUGUGAUUUAUGAGCUCAUGCAGACAGAAAUGCACCACGUCCGUACUCUGAAGAUCAUGAAUGAUGUGUACAGUGCAGCCAUGSUAAAGGAGCUGCAGUAUGACCAACAAGUCGUGGACAAGAUCUUUCCCUGCCUGGAAAACUUGCUGCACAUCCACAGUCACUUUUUCCAGCGGAUUCUGGAAAGGAAGAAGGAGUCACUGGCAGACAAAAGYGAAAAGAACUUUGUUAUCAGGAGGAUAGGUGACAUCCUAGUGAAUCAAUUCUCUGGGGAGAGUGCUGAGCGCAUGAAGAAAACCUACGGCAAAUUCUGCGGGCAUCACAACGAAGCUGUCAAUUACUUCAAAGAUCUCUACUCCAAGGACAAACGCUUUCAGGCUUUUGUCAAGAAAAAAAUGAGCAGCUCCCUGGUGAGGCGUCUUGGGAUUCCCGAAUGUAUUUUGUUGGUAACACAGAGAAUCACAAAGUACCCUGUCCUUCUACAAAGGAUACUGCAGUACACCAAAGAAAAUGAAGUGGAACAUGAAGACUUGACUCAGUCAUUAAACCUCGUUAAAGAUAUGAUUGCUGCAGUCAACAGUAAAGUCAGCAAUUACGAAAAGAAAAUGCGUCUUGGGGAGAUUUACAACCGGACRGACAGCAAGUCCAUCAUGAGGAUGAAGAGUGGCCAGAUGUUUGCMAGAGAGGACUUGAGGCAUCGGAAGCUCAUCCGAGAUGGUCCUGUUUCCCUAAAAAGUGCAGCUGGCAGGUUAAAAGAAGUCCAGGCUGUUCUCCUCUCUGACAUGCUYGUGUUCCUUCAGGAGAAGGACCAGAAAUACGUCUUUGCCUCUCUGGACCAGAAAUCCACUGUGAUCUCUCUGAAGAAGUUGAUCGUACGAGAAGUGGCUCAUGAAGAGAAGGCUUUGUUCCUGAUCAGCAUGGGUGGAAAAGAUCCUGAAAUGGUGGAAGUSCACGCCAGCUCCAAAGAAGAGCGUAACGGCUGGAUCCAGAUCAUCCAGGACACAAUGAACACCAUGGAUAGAGAUGAAGAUGAAGGAGUCCCUUGUGAGUCUGAGUUUGAAAAGAAAUUGUCCGAUGCGAAAGUGAGAGGACUGAAAGAACAACUUCAGCAGAAGGAUAAACAGAUUCUGCUCUUGCUGGAGGAGAAGACGAAGAUCUUCCGGGACAUGGCAGACAGUUCAGUGCCCGAGGAGAUGCCAGGCUCCAGGCUGCUCUUCAGAGCCAACACAGAAGAGGCUCCAAAAGGAGAGGCCAUCAUGAAAACUGCAAUAAAUGAAGUUGAACUGCUGCAAGACCUGGUGAACAGGAGCCUGGGCACUGCCCUCGGACAGCAGGUCAGCAGCACUGCCAUGGAUCAGGAGGGAGGAGUGGGCCCCAUCUCACUCCCCAGAAGGGCAGAAACCUUUGGAGGAUUUGACAGUCAUCAGAUGAACGCCUCCAAGGGUGGAGCGAAAGAUGAAGGCGACGAUGCUCAGGACCUUCGGAGAACAGAGUCAGACAGCAUUUUAAAGAAGGGUGGAAAUGCUAAUUUGAUGUUCAUGUUGAAAAGAAAUAAYGAGCAGGUCCUCCAAACCAUUACCAGCCUCCAUAAGCUGCUCAGCGCUUUGCAGGGCGUGGUGCUGCAGCAGGACACCUACAUCGAGGACCAGAAGCUGGCUCUGAGCGAGAGGGCUCUGAGCCGCAGCAUCUUCCGGCCCAGCUCGCUGCUGGAGCAGGAGAAGCAGCGCAACCUGGAGAAGCAGCGGCAGGAGCUGGCCAACCUCAAGAAGCAGCAGACGCAGCACCAGGAGGAGAGGCGGAGGAGGGAGAAGGAGUGGGAAGURCGGGAGAAGGAGCUGGCGGAGCAGGAGGCGCAGGUGGCGCAGCGCGAGGCUGAGGUGCAGAGGCUGAGGCAGGAGCUGGAGCGCGAGCGGGACGAGCUGCAGAGGAAGAAGGCGGCCUACCAGCUCGACCUGGAGGGGCUCCGCACGGCGCAGAAGCAGCUGGAGAGGGAGAAACUGCAGCUCAAGCAGGAGGUGGAGCGAUGCGCUCAAAUGCRGCAGGAGUCCGACCACAACCAGGUAUCAAAUCUACAUGAGAAACUCKCAAGAGUCUCCUCCCAGUCCAGCACCGAUGAAUCCUCCACGCAGAAGAGCUCUUCCCUUCCUAAACAAGGACACUUUGAUGCGGAACUGUCUGUCUCCCCCAAAAGGAACAGUCUUUCAAGGACACACAAAGAGAAAAGCACUUUCCAUUUGCUUAGCACAACAAACCAGACUAACAAGGCAGCUGAGGAACAGACCCAGAUGCCUACUCGCCUCUUCAGUUUAGCCAAACCAAAGGAGAAGAAGGAAAAGAAGAAAAAGGGCAGGGGACAUCGCUCCCAACAGUCUGAUUCUCACUCGUCAGAAGCACCUCCAGAGGGUGAGGAGAUCUUCUGCUGAGCAUGGACUGUUGCAGUGGUCACUCGUGGCAUUGGCACCGUGGACAUCUCCCUGCCUGGGACACAGCACGUGGCUGGUGCCUGCGCUGGACAAGCAUCUGGAGGUUUUAAAUAAAACUUGUUCUGAAGUCUGCUAAGUGGUGSAUAAGGGCCUCUCUCCUGUGGUUUUGGGUGAAUUCUGCCUGCACAGCACACAGGACCAUCUCCCUGUGCAAACCCGGGGUCAAACAGAUUGGGAUGGAUGUUGUAUGUCUCUUCUUACUGCUAAAACAUGAGAGAACAUAGCCUUAAGGGGUCUGUGCCUUCAAAUUCCCCUUUUCUGGGGAAAAGAACCAAAACCAAGCAUUUAGCAAAAGAUUAGGACUCUACAAAUGGUGCGUACACACUGGCAUAUAUAGAUAUACUGUAUAUAUACAUAUAUGUAUCUAUGUAUCCACUGGGAUAUGCUGACAGUCCCUACAGCCAAGGUCCACCCGUGGGGAUAGRUGAUACCUGAUGACUUUCAGGGAGUGUGUAGAUAUUAAAUAUCUUGCCCUUACUGCUCUGACUGUAGCCCAGUGACCUGCACACCCCUUUUGUGCUCAUGGGAUAGGGGCUGUUUGAUUUCAAAAAGGUACCUAACACCAGGAAGCAGUAACAGCAUUCAAAAACAACAACUCAGAGGAGAAAAAAAAAAAUUCUAAUCAUUCUGAAUGAUUUCCGGGGGGCAGAGGUUUAAAAAGUCGGACUAUUUCCAAAGUGAAGCAGAAUACCAUUGGGUAUAUUUCAAAUGGCACAGAAAAGAGAAUUUUGGUAGGCUGGUAAGGCAAUCCCAGGGAGCCAGAACAGACAGUGUUUAAGUGGGAACAGCUGUAAGCAACAUUUUUCUACACAAUCUCUUUGAGCUGCAGCCCACUUCUUCCCAUCCCCAAAGUAAAGAUUCUCUUUUUGCCAGAUUAAAGCUCUCCAGUUACAUUCAACAUCCCCACACAAGCCUGAUGACUUAGUGGAAAGGUGUCUGUACAGUUGUUGAAUACAGGGAUGUGUUCAGAGKGGGAGGAGAAAUGCAACAAGACACACUUAGCUCAAAAAUUACCUUUCUCCCAAGCCCUCUCUGGAGAAUUACCCGAGUGGAUUUGUAAAUGGUUACCAGCUUCAAAAUAGGUCAAGGUUUUGCUCAGAGUUUGAAGCUGUCAGGUUCAUUUUCUUUCCUACCAGUUUCUUUUCUUUGAAAUAACAAAUCAUUUCUCUUCUUGCACUAUUGUCUGAUUGCAGUUUGUCACAAGCUGGUGACCCGCAGCAGUUUUCAGAGUUAGUGCUGAUGAGUAUGGUGGAUGCUUGGGCUGGGCUGUCUUAGUGCAGGAACCCUGCUUGGUUUGGAAGCUCUCUACACUAUUAAGACUCAAAGAAAAGGAGGAAAAAAAAAAAGAAAGGAAAAAGGGUUGAGAUUUAUUUUUAUUUUGUUUUKGUUUUUUUAAGUAUUAUUUGGUGCUUGUUCUUAAUUGCAAGCAGGGCUUGCAAAAAUAUUUAUCUUUCAUUUUAUCUGAAAGAGUUUUUUUAAAAAAAGUUUACUUGGUUUUAUUUUUUUAUUUCUUUUUUACUUUUAUUUGGGGGAUGGUUUGGGGUUUUUUUUCUCUUUACCCCCUCCCCCCUCUUUUUUUGUUUUAUUUUGUUUUAUUUUCUUACCAAAAGGUUGGUAAACCAAACAUUCUCAUCUCCCUGUUUCCUACAAACCCAGGGUUUGGGCAGUGCUGCUUUGCAGCUCAUGCCAUGUCCAGAGUCACACAAUUUCAGCUGAGAGCUUUCUUCAAGGCAGAGCUUUUUCAGGCCAAAAAGAGACUGGAAAAAGACACAAUGACUUCAGACAAGGCUCCUCCUGUCAAUUAGUUUCCUUGUUUAAAUAUUUUGGCUAGGUUUUCUCAUUCCUUUUGGAGGCAAAGGAAAAAGCAAAGCAUGGAGUGCCUUGCAGUGAUGUGAGGGUCUGGUGCUCUCCUGAACGUGAGGGGAGGUGGACAAAGCAUGUGCUGGUGGUGUGGUGUUACCUUUUCCAUAAGAAAACSACCAACUUUGGAAAGUAACUUCUGCCCUGCUGUUUGUACAUCUGCAAACAUAAAUGUGCCAAGCUGAAAUUUCUGGAAACCAAAGCAGCGCAUGGCUCGUUCACUGUUGUGUGAACAGAGAUCAGGGCACUGGUGUGUCUGAGUUCCCCUCGGUCUGGAACAGCCUUUGCCACUAGAACUUUUCAUUUUAUUCCCCUGUGUCUUCCCCAGUCCCAGCACAUGCUAAAUUCACAACACAGCAGCAUCCCAUGGCUCUGAGAUGUGCGACCCAGGGCAGYAGGGCUGAGUCUCUGCCUGGCUUCACCAUCUCUCCUGAGCUGUGCAAAKCAAAAAGAGCAUUCAGUGCCUGAAGUGAAAAUAGUGUUAGCUGAGUGAUCUCCCAAGGCCCCUGUGGUUCCUUGACAGAAACCAUGGGUGUGAGUCAACCAUACUGAGCAGAAAUCCUGUGUAUCAGAGUUGUUUGUGUCUCAAAUUCUGGUGGACAGACCUUUGUCCCUGGAGGAUGUCUGUUACUGUAUGAUUCACUUUUUUGGAAUGAAGCCUUUCCUCCCACACUGCUUCCUCCUUCUUUCACCUUYAGGAAGGUAAAGGCUUGUUUUUAUCUCUUCAGCCUUUUAUUUUUUCCCUUCUCAGGCUUUCUUUGGAAAGGUUUGGCAUAGGUUCCUGGAGUCAGAUUGCUGCUCUGAUCCCUGUAGGUUGUCUAGGGUUGUCUGCUGGAGUAUGGUCCAAGCUUUACAGCACCAAAGCCUUUCCUCUUCCUGGCCUUAAAAUUGCAUUUGUUCCAGUUCCAUGCCUGGCAUCCAUCCUGCAGUUAUGGAAAGAAAUCAUGUUAUUUCUUUUCAGCCCAGCCUGUUGCUAUGUCUAGUUCCCAGAGCCAUUCCCUUGAUCCCAUUUGGAGCACCCAAACCAUCCUGUUUUGCAUGGGGUUCCUGGGACUCAGAGUAGGUUCGAAAACAUGUUUGAAGYCCAUGUUGUUGGAGGGAGAAGAGGAUCCUGCAGGGGCUCUUGGAGCUGUUUGUGCUGGUGUUUCAUGGAGGGCAGAAAUCAGAUUUGCUUUUCUUGGGCUUUUCUUGGCCUGGUCUUUGUCACUGCCCAAUAGGAGGGGUUUCAGUGUCCAGGGAAAAUGAGAAUGUUGGCUCAGAUAAGUACAGAAGUGGCCAGUAUUAUCUGAGGGUGCCAGAAUACCCAGAGCAGCUGCAGCAAAGGGUGUGAGACUCAGUGGAGUUGUAUGGGGUUGGCCUAAGAUUCUUUUAAAUGGAGUGAUCAUCUCAACACGUAACUUGAUGUCAGUGUGAUGCCAUAAAGCACUUUARAAGGAACUAGUCUUGCCCCUUUUAAUUAUGGUUAUUUGGAGACAAUCAAUUUUGCCAUUGCUUCCACCUCUGUAUCCCAACAAAAGCAGAGCUACAAGUAGGUGUAUUCCUGGUUUGGUUUGGUUUGUUUUUUCCCCAAGAAGGGAGGAAGCUUCUUGUGUUAUUUUUAGAUCAAAGUGGGUACGAAUGUGAUGACAGUCCCACUGCAGAGAGGUUGUGUGGCAAGACAAGAGAACUGGCUUGUGUUGGCUCAGGUAUAUCCCCCAGGAGAGCCCAUGCUGGCUUCACCAUCCCCGUCCUCACAGCAGGGAGGGAAGCAGCCCUGCCAGGGGUUUUCCCUCCAUCUCCUUUUCCUUGGAGAAACUCAGAGCAAAGGAGAUGUGAGGCCCUUUCCAUGCCCCAAGGUAUUUACUGUCCAGGCUGCUGGGACAGCUCCCAGGUGCCCUCCCCAGGGUAGGAGCUCUCACCCCUGCUGAGGGUGGACUCUUUCCUCUGGAGGUGACACUGCUGGGAAUGUAAUGCCAUCAGCUUGUGUGGAUUUGCAUCCAGAGAGUCCGAUCAUCUUUGCAGCUUCCUUGAGUCACUAGGGUAUCACCCAAUUCCAAUCCUUCCCCGUGCCAUCGUGUCAGAAGAGGUUCUUCAGGUGCCAAAUCCCAAGGAAGCUGUCUAGGAUAUCUAUGGCACAGAGCAAGGGAGGACUGGGCAGGGGGCACAGGAGAGUAUCUGCUAAAAUCCCACAAAACAUUCCUUGUUAAUCAGAACUCUGGAAAUUAUUCUGCCUGCUGGCCAGGUUUGGGAAUUUAUCAUAAUUUAGGGCRCCCUUUCAAACAAAAAACCUCCCCUGCUGCUCAUAGCUCUUGCUUCAUUUGUCAGAAGGGGCAGCAAUCCACGAUUCUUCAUUUGGUGAUACAGCUAAUUUUUAAAUAUAGGCGAGCUGAACUGGCCAAAUCUCCUACACCUCGUGCUCUUCAGUGAUGAGAAGUGUAACGCCAGCUCCUUUCCCACCUGCAUUUCCAGGGCUCUGUGCCCUUUCCUUCAUGCAUUUCACUGGCACUGAUGCUUUGCCCAAAUAUAAUUCAGCUUCCAUUGCUUGGGGGGAGGGGGGAACAGGAUAACAUUCACUGCUUUGCAUACAGCUGUGAGCUUYGUAUGUAUUUAAGCUGUCUAAAGGUAUCCAUCCUUUCCAUGCUCUAAAAUAAAUCUGCUAUUUUCUUUAUCAAUAUUAAACACUGACACAAGAAAAAAAAAAAAGAAAUAAAAAUCUAUGUCCGGUUCAGUUCGCCUAUGGUUAAAGUUUAGCCUGGUGUUUAUUUUGUACUAAUAUGGAAUGCACUUGAGUAAUUCCCAGAACGUUGAGGUGUAUUAUAAUAACCUGAUAUACCUCUGCUUUUGGUUUGUUUCUUAUUAAAAAAAAAAAAAAAAAAAAAAAAAAAAAAAGAAAAAAAAAAAAAGCUUUGCAUUUUCAUGUUGAACUCGUAAAGAAAAAGAGUUGGGAAAGAUUUUUAAAGAAGAGGGUAAAACCUAAUUGCUGUAUGUUAAUUUGUAAUUAUGUAAAAAGUGAGCAGGUUAUUGACUGUAAAAUUCUUCAGUUUUUCUGUAACUUGCCAGAAACCAUUAGGUUUUGUAACAAGCUUUUAUUUAUCUUCCUUUUUAGUUAUCAGUAUCAACCUCUUGUAAAGUCAUUCUUCCUCUAAAUAAAUUUGAUUUUAAGUCUGA